AUGCCAACCAGCCCAUUACAUAGUUAUUUUGGUGAUCAAACCAACGUACUAAUGCUGCAUUUAACAGAAUGCAAGAUAUGGUCAUACGAAAAAUGUUUUUCAGAAAAAACGUACGGAGGGACUACUUUCUGCAUAUUCCUCUGCAAAAAUAUAACCGAUAGUAAUGGAGGGGUGAACAAGCUGGAAGUAGAGGAUUGGCAGUUAAAAGAUGCAUUCCUAUUAUACAAUGUAAGAGGUGCACGCAAUGUUCUACUCAUUCGCCUCAAAGUAAGUAUGCAACUAGUUUACACAAGUGACCAUAGCAUAGCAUUUUCCAAAUCGAAACUGUCAUGCUGUAAACAUCCACUGACUUCGAACAACUGGUGCAGAACUCAUCCUUGUGACCUUUGUUUUGGUAAAAGAAAGAAAGUGCGUACACUUGAAGAUGUUUGUGAAAACGGUGAGUAUAUCACAAUUAGUCAGGAAUAUUCAUAUGUUCAAGUAAUGCACCUACAGCAGAUACCAAACAGCUUCUUGCCUUUGAUGGUGACAAAAAAGUCAAAUGUGCGCCAAAUUGAAGGAAUAAUUGGACUGGGAAACUCAUUGCCAACACCGAAACCAGAAAACUUAAUUUUAAGCCUAGAAUCGAAGCAAUUAUCCAAACAGUGGAAAUACGAAUAUAAGGCUAUUUCACCUAGCCAUCAUCACAAUAGACCUACGCAGUGUUGCUUUACAUGUGCGUCAUUUAAACACGGAGAUGGGCGUACAAAUACAAAGGUGGAAAGAUUGUGUAGAAUGGUAAAUGCAGUUUCUAAACUAUGGAAUUCCGUCUUUUAUAAAGUCGAAGUCAUAAAUUUGAUCGUAUCACGCCUUACAUUGGUCAUUUAG